GGCUGCUGGGGGUUCGGCCAUUUCGACUGGCUUGUCGUAGAGCCCGAAGAGCCCUAGUCAAUCAGUGUGUCCUUCCCACCCGUGACAGCGCCACCUCUCCAACUACGCCGCACAAUGAGUGAGACCGCGAUUUCCUUCGCCAAGGACUUCCUGGCCGGCGGUAUCGCUGCUGCUAUUUCCAAGACAGCCGUCGCUCCCAUCGAGAGAGUGAAGCUGCUCCUCCAGGUCCAACAUGCAAGCAAACAGAUCACAGCCGACAAACACUACAAGGGCAUCAUUGACUGCGUGGUCCGCAUUCCCAAGGAGCAAGGCUUCCUGUCCUUCUGGAGAGGAAACCUGGCCAAUGUCAUCAGGUACUUCCCCACGCAGGCCCUCAACUUUGCCUUCAAAGACAAGUACAAGAAGGUCUUCUUGGAUGGAGUUGACAAGCGCACCCAGUUCUGGAGAUACUUUGCCGGCAAUCUGGCCUCCGGUGGCGCUGCUGGUGCCACGUCUUUGUGCUUCGUGUACCCUCUCGACUUCGCCAGAACCCGUCUGGCGGCCGACGUCGGCAAGGGAGGUCACGAGAGAGAGUUCACCGGUCUCGGCAACUGCCUGGUGAAGAUCUUCAGGUCUGAUGGCCUGAAGGGCUUAUACCAGGGCUUCAAUGUCUCAGUCCAGGGCAUCAUCAUCUACAGAGCUGCUUACUUUGGCAUCUACGACACAGCUAAAGGCAUGCUACCAGAUCCCAAGAACACCCACAUUGUGAUUAGCUGGAUGAUUGCUCAGACUGUCACUGCUGUUGCUGGUUUAACAUCCUACCCCUUCGACACUGUCCGACGUCGCAUGAUGAUGCAGUCUGGCCGUAAAGGAGCGGACAUCAUGUACAGUGGCACAAUUGACUGCUGGAGGAAGAUUGCCCGUGAUGAGGGAACCAAAGCCUUCUUCAAGGGAGCUUGGUCUAAUGUUCUCAGAGGCAUGGGUGGUGCCUUUGUGCUCGUCCUGUAUGAUGAGCUGAAGAAGUUCAUCUAAACUAUUUUAGACACGUUUUGCGAAAUGGUAAAUGUAACAUAUCUUGUACAUUUGGAAGAACUGUCAAAUUCCGCCUUAUUUAUAGGGACCAACUAGUAUUCAGUACUAGUUGUACUGGGGAAUAAAUUGUGUGGUUUUUCGGUUUGUCCCCUUCUCUCCUUUCAUCGGUGUCAUUCCCAUAAUAAAGAAACCAAACUGAGGACUCGCUCUACCUGUCAUCCAGCCGGUCUGUUUUUAAUUAAUAAAUGCAACCUAUUGAACAAAUA